GUUAUAAUUUCCAGUCUAGAAAAAAAAUGUGUUGUUGGUGUUAAAUGUAUAUAUUUAUAUGUGUGAGCCUUUCCCAGAUGAACGACCUAGAGUUCUGUAUGCUAGCGGAGUGUCUGUGUGCUUAGAACAGCGUAGCAUCAUAUAAUCUAAUCCUGGCUUGGUUUACUGCCAGUAUUAUCCCCGACGAACCGUCCCCGACCGCUGAUUGAUAAAAGGUCCUGGUGGGCCGCCCCUGUCAAAACACGUGACGCAGAGACUGUGCAAAGCCUCAAUGAAGUAAGAAUGGGCACAGACCAGGAAAAAAAAACAAAAAAAAAAACAUUUUGAAUGAGCAUCUGGUGAGAUAACACGUGUGUGCAAUGAGAAAAGGCAAGAGGCUUUAGCAUGUGUGGGGAAAGAGAUUUUCUCAAGCAUAAACACGUGGUCAGAGGACCAGAAUUUCAUUGAGAGUUUUUUUUGAACACAUGCACGCCCACACACGCGCACCCUGAAUUUGCCAGGAAAUUGCAUUGACAUUGAGUGUAUUUCUUUGCAGUUGGCAAAUGGGCGCUUAGGAGGUGGCGCCUCAGAUGUGGUGGUGUAAGCACAUAUUUGUCCCGCAAAGUGUUGAAUCGGAGGCACACAAACAACUACACAUUUACAGAUGCCAUACUGCAUAACACAAACACAGAUGCUCGCGCCAACUGAGAAAAACGCAAGUCUCCAGUGGCCUGCGUCGCUGGGUGUUUGGUGGAAGGUCCAGCAUUUUGUGAAUUCCAAAUUAACAGAGUAGUGAUUUUCUGUCUAAAAAAAAAAAAAAAAAACAUUAAAUUACUCUCAAGUCAUCAGUGCCAAUCUAUCAAAUAGACAGUAGAAGAGGGAUCAUCAUCAGAGAAGAAAAAAUUAACCUGCUUCUCAAAAUGACUUAUACGGCUGCUUUGUAUGAUACCAAUUGAGCCCAAAAACAUACAGAUGUCCUAAAUAAUCUGUCAAUUCCCCAACAUGCAAAUGUCUCUGUUUUCUGAGGUUAACCAGAACCUCAAAUUAUAUUGAAUAAUUCAUCUUCCGUAUUUUAAUUUAGCAUCUGCAAUCAUAUAGUAGUCGUCAGUUUGUCACACACCUGUGGUGAACCAGUAGUGACUGACAUCUGUGUCCUUCAUUAGAUUGCAAUAUUCCAAUCGAGGGUUUUACUUAUGAUCAAAUGUUUCCAAAUGUUUAAAGAAAAAACACAUUUCACAUGGGUUGAUGUGAGAGGCUCGUAGCCACAGUUAGGGGCAAGACGCGACGAGUUCAUUUGGGGAGACUGCCACUCACUUUUAGACUGGAUGUCCUCAGGGACGUUAUAGCACUUCACUUGUACAGCAGUUAUGUAAAGCUCGACUAAAGAGUCAUCUUGAUGGGGCUUUUUUUCUCAUCUCCAUAAAUCUGCCCAGUGUCUGUGUGAAAGGGAGGAGGGGGGGCGUUGUCAGGUUAUCUCCAAACACUGCAGAAAUUAUCAGAUGUCGCUUCCCGUUGUUGCUUCUAAUUUAGUUUGAACGUAGACAAAAGUCACACAUGGAAACACGAUAGCAUCCUGCCUAAAAGGUGUUGUUACGUAACUAAAAUGUCCCAAAGAUGAAAGUUGAUGAAGAGAGGAGCUCUGUUCUGCCGUUGAUUUUUUUUUUUUUAUUUCCCCCAUGUCAGACAGAGUUGUUCGAAAUUUCCCUGUCAAAACAGGACAUCAGUUUUUAAGUACGGAUUAUUGUUUUUGUUCUGAAUGAUUUUCAUCUCCACUAAGCCCUGGCAGGGUUCAGACUUUAGUGGAAAUAAGGUUCAACGGGGCUGUGUGUCGACGGGCACAAAGCUCCACUGCGGUAAAGCACUAAAAGGGGCAGGAGAAAGGUAAAUCUGUUUGGGUUCUGAGGAUUAGAGGCACUGUAACAAAAAUGGAAAAAAAAAACACCUAUAUUAGAGCUGACAUUCUGCUCGCAGAGACACUCUCUGACAAGAGUGUCACAGAAAAACUACUUUUCAAGCUCUUCCGCCUGCAGUGGUGAACAUUGAUUUAAUAGUAUUUUUUGAGGUGUUUGAUCUACAAGGGACGUUUAAUGUGGAUGGUGCAGUAUCAAGGAACAACAGGAGGACAAUCUUGCUUGUAGUUUUAGUAGGAUUUAUCCCUGAACUUUGGAAUACGGGAUCCUAAAAAAAAAUAAAAAAAAAAACACAUCCUGAGCAGAAAGGAAUUUCAGGAUUUAGCCCAAAACAUGAUUCCUCCUAAGCUGCUUGUGUACCGUCGCACGCACAGUGAUACCAAUUUGGAGAACCUGAAAGAGACGUGGAGGCGAAAGAAAUCCUGUGGCGAUCUUUUUCAAAAUGGAUACAGGGUGAGGCAGGGCCAUCAUGCGCAGGAGGAGAAGGAGACGCAGACUGGUGUUUACCAUUCGGUCUGGACCUGUUUGCACAUCCUCUCCAACUGGGGUUUAAGAUUCCUGAGGGCACUAAGGCUGAUACAGUUCUCAGAAAUUUUACAAUUCUUAAAUAUCUUGAAAACAAGCAAUUCCAUCAAGCUGGUGAACCUGUGUUCCAUCUUCAUAAGCACAUGGCUCACAGCUGCUGGAUUCAUACAUCUGGUGGAAAACUCAGGGGAUCCUUGGGAAAACUUCCAAAAUUCCCAGUCACUAUCCUAUUGGGAGUGUGUCUACUUGCUGAUGGUGACUAUGUCGACGGUGGGCUACGGCGACGUCUGUGCGAAAACCACCCUGGGGCGCCUCUUCAUGGUCUUCUUCAUCCUCGGCGGUUUGGCCAUGUUUGCCAGCUACGUCCCUGAAAUCAUAGAGUUAAUAGGAAACCGCAAGAAAUAUGGUGGUUCCUAUAGUGCGGUUAAUGGGAGAAAGCAUAUUGUGGUUUGUGGUCAUAUUACCCUCGAAAGUGUCUCCAACUUCCUCAAAGACUUCCUACACAAGGACAGGGAUGAUGUCAAUGUAGAAAUAGUUUUUCUCCAUAAUAUUUCCCCUAAUCUUGAGCUGGAAGCCUUGUUCAAACGUCAUUUUACUCAAGUAGAGUUCUACCAGGGAUCUGUUCUCAACCCUCACGAUCUGGCCCGAGUGAAGAUCGAGUCAGCAGAUGCCUGUUUGAUACUGGCCAACAAAUAUUGUGCAGACCCUGAUGCUGAAGAUGCCUCCAACAUCAUGAGGGUCAUUUCCAUCAAGAACUACCAUCCCAAGAUCAGAAUAAUCACGCAGAUGCUACAAUAUCACAAUAAGGCCCAUCUGCUGAACAUUCCGAGCUGGAACUGGAAGGAAGGUGACGAUGCUAUCUGCUUGGCGGAGCUGAAGGCAGGCUUCAUUGCCCAGAGCUGUCUGGCCCAGGGCCUGUCGACCAUGCUGGCCAACCUCUUCUCCAUGAGGUCCUUCAUUGAGAUUGAGGAGGACACAUGGCAGAAGUAUUACCUUGAAGGAGUGGCUAAUGAGAUGUACACAGAGUAUUUGUCCAGUGCCUUUGUAGGCCUCUCCUUCCCAACUGUCUGCGAGCUGUGUUACGUGAAGCUGAAGCUGUUGCUCAUUGCCAUUGAGUACAAGUCUGAGCAGAGAGAGAGCAGAAGCCGCAAGCGCAUCCUCAUCAACCCGGGCAACCACGUCAAGAUGCAGGAGGGAACACUGGGAUUCUUUAUCGCUAGUGAUGCCAAAGAAGUAAAGAGAGCAUUUUUCUACUGCAAAGCUUGUCACGAUGACAUCACAGACCCCAAACGGAUCAAAAAGUGCGGCUGCAAACGACUAUUGGAUGAAGUUAAACCAUCUUUUCAAAAGCGAUCAAUUAAAGCCACCGGCUGCAUCACCAACUCCAUCACCUCAAAUGCAUUCCUUCCCAACGCCCUGCACCCCAACCAGAACCACCUUGUCAGCCCGGUCACAGUCAACCUUGUUAAUAACCGUAAAGGAAGCCUGCUCCCGGUGGGGCCGGGGCCGGGGCCCGGGGCCGACCCCUUGAAAUUGCGCCUCAGUAUCUCAGGUCCAGGAGACGUGGGGUCCAGAUCCCUGGCUGCGAGUCGACUGAACCGGGCCCGCAGUCUUCCGGUGAAAUACCGCUACCACCCCAGUAAUUCCAUGCUGCUCAGUCACAGUAGGCACUUCGAAGACGAGCACCCGUCAACUCUCUCGCCCAAAAAAAAGCAGCGCAACGGAGGGAUGCGAAACUCGCCCAACUGCUCGCCCAAAAUGAUGAGUCGACACGACCCCCUUCUAAUUCCUGGAAACGAACAAAUUGAGAGCAUGGACAUGAACGUGAAGAGGUAUGACUCGACAGGGAUGUUUCACUGGUGCCCUUCAAAAGACAUCGAAAAAGUCAUCCUGACGCGCAGUGAAGCCUCCAUGACGGUGCUGAGCGGUCAUGUAGUGGUCUGUAUAUUUGGGGAUGUCACGUCCGCUUUAGUGGGGCUGCGAAACCUGGUGAUGCCUUUAAGAGCCAGCAACUUCCAUUACCACGAGCUAAAGCCUAUAGUUUUUGUGGGCUCGCUGGAAUACCUUCGGAGAGAGUGGGAAACUUUACACAACUUCCCCAAGGUCUCCAUCUUACCUGGUACGCCAUUAAGUCGGGCAGAUUUAAGGGCUGUCAACAUCAACCUCUGCGACAUGUGCGUAAUACUGUCAGCCAAUCAGAACAAUAUCGAAGAUGCCUCACUGCAGGAUAAAGAAUGCAUCUUGGCAUCACUCAACAUCAAAUCUAUGCAGUUUGAUGACAGCAUCGGGGUCUUACAGGCUAAUUCCCAAGGUUUCACGCCCCCUGGAAUGGACAGGUCAUCUCCAGACAGCAGUCCAGUACAUGGCUUUGUGCGUCAGGCUUCCGUCACCACCGGAUCCAACAUCCCCAUCAUCACAGAACUAGUGAACGACUCAAACGUUCAGUUCCUGGACCAAGAUGACGAUGACGACCCAGACACAGAGCUGUACCUCACUCAGCCCUUUGCCUGCGGCACCGCCUUCGCUGUCAGUGUACUCGACUCCCUGAUGAGCGCGACGUACUUCAAUGAUAAUAUCCUCACGUUGAUUCGGACGCUGGUCACAGGGGGAGCCACGCCAGAGCUGGAGGGCCUGCUGGCCGAGGAGAACGCGCUCAGAGGAGGCUACAGCACGCCGCAGACACUGGCCAAUAGAGACAGGUGUCGCGUCGCCCAGCUAGCUCUCUACGACGGGCCUUUUGCUGACUUGGGGGAUGGCGGUUGCUACGGGGAUUUGUUCUGUAAAGCAUUGAAGACAUACAACAUGCUGUGUUUUGGAAUCUACAGAUUAAGAGAUGCUCAUCUCGGUUCACCGAGCCAGUGCACAAAACGAUACGUGAUCACAAACCCCCCGUACGAGUUCGAGCUGGUGCCCACAGACCUGAUCUUCUGCCUCAUGCAGUUCGACCACAACGCUGGCCAGUCCCGGACAAGCUUAUCCCACUCCUCCCACUCCUCCCAUUCCUCCAGCAAAAAGAGCUCCUCCGUGCACUCCAUCCCCCCCUCCAACCGGCAGAACCGCAGCAGCAAGACCCGGGAGGCGCGCGACAAACAGAAUGCAACAAGGAUGAAUAGAAUGGGCCAAGAAAAGAAAUGGUUUACAGAUGAACCAGAAAAUGCCUACCCACGGAACAUUCAGAUCAAGCCCAUGAGCACUCACAUGGCCAACCAAGUCAACCAAUACAAAUCCACAAGUAGUCUGAUUCCACCGAUCAGAGAAGUUGAAGACGAAUGCUGAACACCAGGUUUUCUCGCUGACUCAUCUGUGCGGUCUUUCGAAAGAGACGAGAAGAGGUCGCUAGUGGAGGAGAUGGUGGUGGUGGUGAUGAUGAUGAUGAUGAUGAUAACGACAGGGGUGUUGAAGACUGACACACUUCUCUUCACUCAUUCUUCUAAUCAAGGGUUGGACAGGAACCCAGACUGGAAGGGACUUCCUAUGUGUAUACCUUUAAUGUUACUUCCAUGCUCUUGGACAUUGUUUUAUUUAUUAAUGUAUCCAUAGAGAUGUACAUAAUGACAAUCAAAUAAGGAUUGUACAGCCCCUCCCCCUUAGCACUUUUUGGAAUUAUUUUAAGAGUUGAGAGGAAAAAAAAAGAGUACUUCCUGUAAUUCUUUGCAAUAGUUCACCUCUUCAUGUGACCAGACUCAAUGGCUGAAGGUGACUGGUUGUUGGAGGAUGAGGGUUGCAGCGAUAAACUGAUCAUAUCAUCUCCCAAAGAUUCACCCAGAUGCGUCACAUCAAAGCAGCUGGGCCCAUCAGCGUCAUAUCUCCUGUCUGCUUCUGUUCUAUUUGCACUAAAACUGAACAAGUUUCUUUUGACAGAACAACUGGAUACAUCAACCCCCUGCACCCUGAUAAAAUGUUUCUAAGAAGAUGGCACAGGGAAGAAAGGAAGGAAGGAAAGAAGGAAGGAAGGAAGGAAGGAAGGAAGGAAGGAAGGAAGAGCUGCUCAGCUUCGAGGGUGUACUAAUCUUGUUUGUUAUACAUCACGUCAUUGCUUAAGGUUCCUCACCUCGACUCCUCGUGUUGAGUGAGCGCAUUCCACGCUUGCGGAACAAAAAUCAUCUUGCAAAACAGUAACCUAAGCACUCAGAGAAAAAAAAAAGGUGCAGCGUUGGUGUAUGCUGGCUAAAGUUCUUCUGCUGACACAUCAGAUACAAAGGCUGUGACUCCGUUUCAAGCUCGCAUGAUAUGUGCCUGAGCUCCUCUUUGUAACAGCUUCAUGCAUUCAGGAGUGUUAAUGCACACACGGUGCGUAGGUGUGUGCCCAUCGCCGCCACUUGUCCUCCUGGUGUUGCGCUUAUCCGUGCCGUCACCUGUGCUCCUCCCCGUUGAUUUGAAGGCAUGUGAGAUCUUAGCUCUAAAAAUAAAAGUUAUGGUAGAAACAAACAGUAGUUGAGCCUAAAGGAUUUGGAUCUACCAACAAAGACGUUAUGUUGCAUCCCCAACCGAACCAAAACCCCAACUAUGAUUGAGCGGACCUAACCCGAACAGCAGCUGCGUGCUCACCCUAAAUGCAGAAUUGGGAUCACAAAGAAGAAGAGUGGUGUAUUUUCUGAAUGUUUUGUUACAUGAAGCCCGUGCGUGAGGAAAGGAAUGCCACAUAUUGCGUAAAAGUGGGCAUCAAUGGGCCCUCCUUUGAUCAAAGCGACUGCCUGGCACACGGUUGGCACAGAGGCAGUAAAGAGCUUGGAUGUUCUCUGUUGCCAGCCCAGAUGUCACAUGCCUCAAAACUCUCUUGAGUUAAGCUGCUGUGUUCGGUCCUCUAAAUUGGGGAGAAGCUCAAGCAUAGUUGGUGGAAAUGCAACAACGCCGCGGACUGCUGAUAGUUACACUGAAGAGAACCUCGCGUUCCUCAUGCUGGCCUGUGUGAGAGUGUAUAUCGCACGUCCAGGUCCUCGUAGAUCCAAAUCCAGCUGUGAAAAGGGUGUAAGAUUGAACUGGUAGCCUUGUACUCCUAAUAAUGAAGUUAAUACGAAUAUGUACGUGGAUUAAUACAUUCAAGCAUAUUUAUUUUCUAUCCAUGAACAUAAUCGAUUUGUACUUAUUUUUCUAGCCAAGAACCAAGUGAAACGUACUUUUGAGAUAAAGGGUCACUAUCUUUAAUUACAAGUACAUAUCAAAAGACUUUGUGUUUGACUAUAUCACUAUUUAUUUCACAUUGUGUCGGAACAAAAGAUUAUUUUUUUAUCCCUCUGCCCCCCCGCCGCCCCCGCAUUUAACACACUGCAUCACUCUGGAGCUAAUAAAGCUUAGACUAGCUUGCAUUGUGAAACCACCAUCUUCAGCCCGGCAGCUCGGCUCUGUUGAGUGCUUGUAGAAAACAAAUUGAAGGCUCACGUGCAGCCACCUUUAGUUGCAGGAUGCAGCAUCUCUACUAAAUAAUAUGUCAUAAUGCAAAGCAUCCCAUGCUGAGAACAUGCAUAUGGAAAGACAGGGGUGAAGGAACUUUGCAUUGGGGUGGAGGGGUGAUAAUGACAAGAUGCAUAUAGAGUCGCCCCCACUAUGUGCAGGCCAGAAUAGAAGGACCUUUAUCACAUGUGUUUGACCUAAAUUAGGUCUCUAGUGCAGAGGAAGGGUGUGUACACCACAGCAGUGUGCUGGUGGUUUCAGUCAUGACAAGGAGACGCUGUCUGUUUGUUGCAGUGAUCCUUCUCUAGAGAGUGUAAAGGGGAAAAAAAAAAAUAUGAUUCUAAAAAUAGAAAACAAUUUUGGAAUAUGGAAUAGAUGAUAUUGUGCUAAAUAUGUUUGUGUAAACUCAACCCGUUAUAUAGACCACGUUUCUUUCUCGAACAAAAUGAUCUGAGCUUCAAUGUCCGUCUAUUGGGUGUGGUGCAACUUAUACUGAAGCCUCAUUACACAUUGUCCUGAAGUGAACUUUUGAACUGUGAUUACAUCGUCGUCACACAUUGUAGCAAAUAGAUUUCUUUUCAGAAAAAGAAAAAAAAAAUAUGUGAGUAAAAUGUUUGUAUAAUUGGGCUGUUAAUGGCACACUUGCCAGCCUGAACAAUAAGGAAUUAAUAAUAAUAACAAUAAUCGAUAAUGGCAAUGACUCAUUAUACAUAGAAUCGACAAACUGAUUGUUAUGUUGAGGGGGAAAAAAAGACAAAUGUGUAUCUCAAAAAUUAAAUAUCUUGGAUUCUUGUAGGAAUGCGGAGAGUAUUCAAGUACUGUAUGUGACACUAGGAAAAGUCAGGCGUAAUUUGACCUGGUUCAACAGCCAUCACUGCGAUGGAAGGUAGCACCAAUUCAGCAAUUGUUAUCAAAAGAGAGAACAUCCAUCGUUUUCCUGUUUUUAUUACGUUGUGUUAUUGCAGGGUUUACAUUCCAUUUUGUCAGCUAGUCAUUAUCUGUCACAACUGCUUCUUAUUUGUUUACAGAGUAUUUUUGAGGUACUUAAACAUAGCGUUGCUCAGAAAUAGAACGGUACAUGCUGCAAACUGGCAUUAACAUGAACUCCCAACGUAAUGCACCAUUUCUGUUCGUUAUACUUGAUUACUGUGCUUUUUCUACCUGAACCCUCCUUGUCCCGGCGACUCAUUCAGGCUGGCAUUAUCCAUAACACCGGACUGAGAUGUCUCUCCUUCCUACACCUUUUCAGAAGUCUCUAUUAGAUGUUUUAGGUCUCUGCAUUGUAUACCUCUAAAGUUUUUAGAGUGUUUUUUUUUUUUUUUUUUUGAAGUGCCAUGAAUAGUUUAGUUGAGCGAGCAUCCUUCAGUCAUUCAGGGACGCCGGCUCGCUUCGAGGGAGCUGGCGUCCCAAGUGUUUUCCACUGUGAGAGCAGUGUCUUGUACUGACAUGGAGAACAUCCAAGCCAUCAAUGCCUCCAUGCCAGUAUAGUGCCAAGCAGCGCAGAAGGUCAAAAGGAGGGCCCAAUAUGAAGUCCCACUAUAGCGACAAGUGGCAUUCAGGAGGUGUGAGGGACUGCUGUAGCAGAGAUACAAGGUUAUAGGGUUACUGGUUAUCAGGGUGUGUCAUGUAGUGUAGUGUGAUAUGGAUGACUGAACGAUGCACACACAGGCACACGCCUGUAACAUCAGACGUGUUGUUUUUCCACUGAACAAAUCAAAGAUUAUGCUUCAUACGUUACUGUUACUGCAUUAUUUUUGUUAAUCUAUUUUUUUGGUUGUAAAGGAUGGAUAUAAUAACUUAUUCACUGGGAAUUGUACUAGAUAUAAUAGAAUAUAUAAUACUUAUAGGGAUGGGAGGUGGGUCUCAAGUCUUAAUAAUACAGUAAAAUUGCAUUCAGCAAUUUUUUUUUUUUAAGAAAAGUUGCAAUGUUUUCUCUUUUAUUUUAUUUUUUUUUGCUGCCUAUCAGUUCAGGAUGAAUUCAGGAUAUUGCUCUUGCGUAUCACAGAUGGAAUUUGUUGGCACAUCGUAAUUGCAGCAAACAGGAGUUUGACGUUGCCGUCUGAAUAGCUUGGAUGUGUUCAAGACAUGAUGGAUGACUGGAUUAUUUGAUGGUGCUGAGUUGAUCUACCUGACUCUGUCAAAUAUAAUCUGCUGAUAAAUAUACUGUCUUGUACAAAAAGUUUGUACAUAGAUUGUACAUGGUUUCUUUUUGUAUUUUCUCAAAUUAAAAUGGAUGUAUUUGUGUUCUAAA